AUGGGCUGCACAAUGUCUCAGGAGGAGCGCGCGGCGCUCGAGCGUUCCAGGUACUUGUCGUGACGACGACAUCAAGCAGUACAAAACGCCUUGCAGGAUGAUCGAGAAGAACUUGAAAGAAGACGGCGUGCAGGCGGCCAAGGACAUCAAACUGCUGUUGCUCGGAGCCGGAGAGUCCGGAAAGUCUACCAUUGUCAAGCAGAUGAAGUUCGUUUCCAGUUUUCUUAUUCAGAGGCUUCUUUAUUUUUCAUAAAAGUUUGGGUCGAUUAAUAUCCACAUGAAUAAUAUUUUUUUCUCAGUUGUAAAAAAAUGAUGUAAAAAAAAUAGGUUUUCAGGCUUCUGCAAGUUUCAUAAGUAGAAAAUCUCCAGUCCAUUAUUUUUUAUUUUUUCUUAUAUAGGCCUUAGAGUCAUUUUUCGAAAUUUGGAAAGAAGUUUUUCCAGAAAAUCGCUAACAUUGAAAUUAGUUUUAUGGACGAUAUUUUCAGAAUAUAAGGAAACUGAUAGAGUUUGCAUUAAUGUACUGAAAAAAAGUUUAUUGACAUUUCUUAAAUUGAUAGAGUUGUUUUUUUAUUAUUUCGGUUUCGUUUCCCGAGAUAAGAUGCAUUACACAAUAAUGUUUUUUCUAUCCCUUGAAAGUUUUUUGUGUAAGUUCUGGCUUUCAAAAUUCUGAAAAAUUUUUAUAAUGCGUUGCACUGCGUUUUUUGAUAUUACGUUACGAGUUCCUUUUUCGCGCAGGUGUAAAAAUUAUUAAUUUUGGUCAAUUUUUCAAUCUCUGUUUUUUUGUUUAUGUUUGUUUGCGGGAAAAGGUUUGGGGAGCGUAUAUAUAUAUAUAUAUAUUCAUUUACAGCGAGAAAUUUUUUUAUAAGGAAAAAAAUCAAAUCGAUUUUUUUAACGCUUGAUAUUGAAUAAAGAUCGAUUCAUUGACUUUUUUGCUGAAAAAAUAUAUCUCUUUCUGACUUUGAAUACAAAAUUUGAAUUCAAGAAAGGAAGUAUCGAAAAAGGACAAUGUCACGCAUUAUUGUUUGAUUGAAUACAAGAUUUUUUCAAAAGGAAUAUUGUUUUGAAUAAAACAGCAUGUUUCAAUUUUCGAAUAUUUUUUCAAUAGACUUUUUCCUUGUUCAUCAUCUUCCUGUUACAAGCAUUGUAACGGCUUGUUUUUUCAAAUUUGCAUAUGUCGGCACAAGUUUUUGAAAAAAGUCUGUAUGCGCAAUAUAAGAUUUGUUGAUUUCAUUGAUUUUUUUUUCACACUGAAAUUCCAUACCGCGUUCAAAGUAAUUACACAGAAUGCAGUGUAAUACAAGGUUUCCUAAAAAUUAUAAAAUAUCCUCUAAUGGCUACUAGGUUAUUCCAUCUUUCGAUUAGAUCAAUAUUCUUGCGAAAAAUUGGGAAAAAUUCCUAAGAUUUUUUCCUAACUUAAAAAGUAUAUUCAAGUUUACUGUGAACGUAGAGCGGAUUUUUGAAAUUGAUUAAAGCUAGAUUGAAUGUAUCACUAACCAGAUAGGUAAGAGCAAUCAAGGUCCGAAUCCAAGAUCCUCAAAAAAAGUUAUUUAUAUCCUAACAGAAAUCGGACCAGAUGUUUUGAGUAGUCAGCGUUGAAAUAGAGCAAUGUGAACUAGGUCUUUCAAAUAAUAGGCUCUUUUGGUAUUCUCGGUAACUUUUUGAAGAAAUGUACGAAGAAGAGUUCGCAGCAUUUUGGGGUGGGCCUUAAAAAGGCUCGUUGCAGCGAAAUUAGAUUUCCAGUUUCUACCACCAACUCACACAGCCUAUUAACGUCAAGCACUAGAGAUUAUUUCAUUCAUUGGAAAUCUCAUUCUUUUCGCAUCAGUGAUGCAUUUACUCUCAUUAUUGGUUCCGGAUUUUCAAAGUUAAAAGUUGACAUCAGAGCUCCAGAACCCAACUUAGUAUUUUCUUUGCAGAAUUAUCCACGAGUCCGGCUUUACGGCGGAGGACUACAAGCAGUACAAGCCGGUGGUGUACAGCAACACCGUGCAAUCGCUGGUCGCGAUCCUGCGGGCGAUGGCCAACCUCGGCGUCGCGUUCGGCUCUCCCGACCGAGAGGUCCGUCAACCUCAACCUUAUCAUAUUUCUUCCCGAAGACACAUUCCCUUGUUUUGUUUUGUUUUGUUCGUUUGCCUGCCUGCCUGCCUGCCGAAUGUGGAAUAAUGGGGGGUAGGCGGGUGUGAGGGAAGCGCGGCACAUGGAGCCGCGUGAAGGCUCUAGAAGAGUAGGAGGCGCCCGCACUCUCCGGAGAGAGAGAAGGCGGCAAAAUCGAUGGGAAGCGGGGGCCUUUGCCGACAAACCAACGUCGAGCGUCGAUGUCUGAAGACGUUGCGACACGCGAAUCUCCGCGACGCUCGCACGUCCUCUGCGACGUCUGCUGACAGUGGAGCUCGAACACGCUAUGAUUCAGAAAAAGCUUGAAGCAUAGUGAAGCCCUUUGAAGACUAAUUUGAAGAGUAAUUAUCGUUCUUCGAUUUUUACCAAUAAAUGUAGCCGUAAUGCCUCAAAAAUGAGACCUCUUUUUCGGCCGCUGUAGGUGCUAUUUUCCACCAUAACCCCUAUAGGGACUACUUUUGCAAAAAAUAUAGGGACUACUUUUGCAAAAUUUAGUGGUCCCUAUAGCGGUUGGUAGAGUGGUCCCUAGAGGGGUCCUCCAAAGGACUCUAAAGUAGGGACCGAUCUGGAGUUCCUAAGUAAUUAGGGCCUAGCCGAUUUCUUCAUUCUAUUAUACUAUUCUAUUUUCAUUUUUCGAAGUGUUUUUUAAAACCGAAAGAUGAAGAAAAGCUUCUCGCCUUGAAUGAAGUAAUGCUAAGAAAAGCAGCUGAUACUUAUGGUCUUGACAAGGGAGGUAAUACUUUGCGAUUUGGAAUUUUCUACAAAUUUGCUCUCUGAAAGUCUAAAUGAAGAUCCAUCAUAGUCGCUACCUGCGCGAAUUUCUAGUUUUUGAGUUAUGAUUUUUCAAAGCUGCAAAAUACAGUUUUAAGGCUAACUUUUCAAACUUCGAAGUUAAUUAUCUCAAAAACUAGAAGCUGGCGCGGGCUGCACCUUGGAUGGAUCUUCAUAUAAACCUUUAAAAAUUUUCCGAGCAAAAUUGUAGAAAAUUUCAAGUCGCAACGUAAAAUGAUUUGUGGUGUCUAAUUAUGUGUUGAACUUGAACUUUAAAAACUAAAAUUUCAAAAAGUGCGCGUUUGCGCAGGUAGCGACUUUGAGGGGUGUUCAUCUAGAACAUUCAAAGAGUUUUUGAGCGAAUUUAUAGGAAAACCCCAAGCGUAAAGUGAAAUGACUUUUCUUCCUGAAAUCUCUCGAAAAAAAGAUUCGGGAUUAAGGUGGACGCAAAGCUGGUAAUGGACGUGGUGGCCCGGAUGGAGGACACCGAGCCCUUCUCCGAAGAACUUCUCGCCGCCAUGAAGCGUCUCUGGGCCGACAGCGGCGUCCAGGAUUGCUUCGCCAGGAGCAACGAGUAUCAACUCAACGACUCUGCCAAAUAGUUCGUUUUUAUCGAUUUUGGAGAAUCUCAACUGUUUUCUGAAGUUUAUCACUACAUUAAUGAAAAAGGGGAGCAGCCUCUGUAGUCUUUGCAAAGAAAUUCAAAAGAAACCAUCAUUCUUUAAUUAUUGAGCUGAUAUAAUUUCCAAUCCUUUUUUUUCUUCCCUCUUUCUAACUUCACAUUCAAAUGAAAAAAAGUUCAAAGAUAUUUCAAAACUGGGGUUUGCAGCUUCUUGGAUGAUCUGGAACGAUUAGGCGAAGCUUCCUACCAGCCAACGGAACAAGAUAUCCUCAGGACUCGUGUCAAGACCACCGGUAUUGUCGAAGUCCACUUCACCUUCAAAAACUUGAAUUUCAAGUUGGUUUCCCGGGAAUUCUCAUGAAAUAUCUCCCUUGUUUUCAGAUUAUUUGAUGUGGGAGGUCAGCGAUCAGAGCGGAAAAAGGUUAUUUUUUGGUUUUUUCUCUGCAAAUUUUCAUACAAAUUCUAGAACUGUGAGUAACGCUCUUUUAGGUGUUUUUUGUCAAUAGUAUAUGUUUUCAAUGGCUUUUCCCAGUCCAUUUUAUCAAUAAUCUUAUGCAAAGUUCUGAACAAUUCUCGGAAUUUCUCGCAAAAUCAACUUCUCAGUGAAUGAGUCGAAAUCAAUAAUCUAAAUCAAUUUGUCCAAUAUUAUCUUGGAUUCAAAAAAUUUUUUUUUCUUUCUGGCUCAAUUUCUAUAGUUGAACCCUUUCAUUUUCUAAUAUUGAAAAAUUUCACAAUAAGAAGGCCCUUUUAACUUAAUAAGACCUCAGCCGUGAAAAAAAAGAAGUGAAAAACGAUUCUUCAGGAAGUUUUUCACUAGAGUUAGCGUCUACUUUUUUUGCCCCCUUUUGUGCAAAAACAUUUCAGAAAUUUUGGUUUUCGAACUUCAAAAGCUUGAAAUAGCACUUUUUUGUCAUAGUUUGUAUAUUUUGCAAACUUUUGAAGCUUCAUAAAAAGAUCUAUUGCGAGAAAUUUUUCUUGUUCUGAAAUCAGGAGGCCCUCAAAUACAAUUUAGAAAAUUUUCAUCAAAAGUUAAACCGGGGCCUGAAAAACGUUCCCUAGUAAGAAUUGUUUUCCGAAGUUCAGAUUUCCGAAGAUUUUUCGAGUUUAUAGGACCGUUUUCUAUUCAAAAUGCUUUUUUCUUUCAGUGGAUUCACUGUUUCGAAGACGUGACAGCCAUUAUUUUCUGCGUGGCCAUGUCUGAGUAUGAUCAAGUGCUCCACGAGGAUGAGACGACAGUCAGUUAUUCAUCGAAUACUUAUUCUUCCCUUCUGUGCCAUUCCAUAACUUGCAUGGAUUUCAGAACCGAAUGCACGAAUCUCUGAAGCUUUUCGAUUCAAUUUGCAACAACAAAUGGUUCACCGACACGUCGAUCAUCUUGUUCCUCAAUAAGAAAGAUUUGUUCGAGGAGAAGAUCAAGAAAAGUCCACUCACCAUCUGCUUCCCUGAAUAUUCAGGUUCGCCUUCAGAGAUUUUUCCUCUAUGCGAUCUUAAUUAUACAUGAAUAACUGAAAUGCAAUUUUUUUUAGGUCGUCAAGAUUACCACGAAGCAUCGGCGUAUAUUCAAGCGCAGUUUGAAGCCAAAAACAAGUCGGCCAACAAAGUUUGUCGAUCUUUUUCAUCUCGAUUUUCAAGUUUUCUCAGUUGAAACUUCUUCUGAAUUCUAAAUUGAUCGAAUUUUCUCUGAUAUAUUCACGAGUUAUUUUGAAUUUUCUCUUUUUUCAAUGUUUUCAUCAAUUAACAGUCCUCACAUCUCCAGAAAGUUUUAGAAAGAUCGAAUUUCUUACAAAAAAGUUAUGACCGAAAAACCCAGCUUUUUCGUAUUUUUCUGACGGUACUCUAUGAGUGCCCGACGGAGAAAAGCGCGUACAGAUUGCAAAAAAAUAUGUUCGAAAAUUAUUUUUCUUUCGACUUUUUCAAAUGAUUAUUCUCCCAGCUUUAAACUGUUUGUUAAAUUUUUUUAUCAAAUCUUUAAAGAAAAGUUUAAUGCGACCGCGAAAGUCUGCAAGAUUAGUGUUCUGCUUCACGAAGAGCUCUUCCAGGAGAUCUACUGCCACAUGACGUGCGCCACCGACACCACCAACAUUCAGUUCGUAUUCGACGCCGUCACUGACGUCAUCAUCGCCAACAACUUGCGUGGCUGCGGCCUCUACUAA